AUGGCGAACGCGUCUAGCUACGACGACAGUGUAAAAUGUUACACUCGAUACGAGCUAGCUCUAACUAGUGAGGAUAAAAAAUAUGCAGCGACAUAUUUGAACGAGACCGAUGAGAUUAGAGAGAGCGCCGUCGCGGAAAUCAAACGCUGGAUUGAGGAAAACGAUGAUUUGCCUGCUCGAAUGGAUGAUUUCCUUAUCUUGCGAUUUUUGAGAGUCGCUAAAUUUGAUGUCGAGAAAUCUAAAGUCAGAAUACGAAACUAUUUCAAGCAGCGAUCCGACUUACCAGACUGGCAUAUGAAUAUAGAUCCAUUUCGACCGGAAUUGCAAGAGAUACUUGAUUUGGGUUAUUUUUUGCCUCUACGGAAGCCGGAUAAUCAAGGAAGGUUAGUUUUUAUUACACAAGGCACACGUCAUGAUCCGAAAAUACACAAAAUACCAGACUUAUUUAAGGUCACCACGAUAGUGACGGAAGUAGCGGUGAAGUAUUAUCCCGCUGUAUCCGUGUAUGGUUAUACAAUAUUUGUAGAUAUGUCUAAUCCAACUUUCGGACAUAUUGCUCAAUUUCGACCAAACAUAUUAAUGAAUUGUAUCCAUUCCUGGCAGAGUUGCUUUCCAACGAGGGUCCGAUCAAUUAACAUCAUCAAUGUACCAGUAAUUUUAGAUGUUAUUGUGAAAAUUGCAAAAUCUUUCAUGACGGAAAAGUUAAAAAACAGAUUUCACGUCUACUCGCACAAAACAAUGCAGAACUGUUUCAAGGAUAUUCCAACUAGCAUCUUACCCGUUGAGUAUGGUGGCACUGACGGUACAAUUAAAGAAUUAACAGAAUAUUGGAAGAAAUUGGUCGAGGAAAAUCGCGACUGGCUUAUAAAUCAGGAGAAUGACAAAAUUAUCGUUUCGAAGUAAAAGAUUUAAUAUCGACAGAGAAUGUUUGUUCUUAUUGU